AAAAUAUCCCAAAGAGAAGAAAAUGAAGGAAAUCUAAAGCAUGUAUGGACACAGAUUGGCAUUCUCGCUUCCGUCUUUUCGCGUCCCCUUCAAGUCCAUGAUCGCAGGCUGAAGCGCUGUCUCACUCGAGGCGCGACCGUCUCUCCGCUCCCGGUAUCAACUCUACUGAAGUGAAGCAAACAACCGCGACAAUGAAUCCCGGACAGCUUACUCUUCUCGGUUCCACAAUCUGUGUGAUGCUCACGACCCACUUUUCUGUACAGCUUCUUUCUGAGCAUUUCUUCUAUUGGAAGAAGCCAAAGGAGCAGAAGGCAAUAAUCAUCAUCAUCCUUAUGGCCCCUGUAUAUGCUCUAGACUCAUAUGUUGGUUUGUUAGACUAUCAAGGAAGCAAAGUGUUUUUCACAUUCUUGGAUUCAAUAAAGGAGUGUUAUGAAGCUCUGGUGAUUGCAAAGUUCUUGGCACUAUUAUAUGGCUACUUGAACAUAUCCAUUAGCAAAAACAUAGUCCCAGAUGAAAUUAAAGGGAGAGAGAUUCACCAUUCAUUCCCAAUGACACUCUUCCAGCCCAAGACGGUUCGUUUGAAUCACAGCACAUUAAAGCUUCUUAAGUACUGGACCUGGCAGUUUGUGGUGAUUCGGCCUUUGUGCUCCAUCCUAAUGAUCACUCUUCAACUCUUUGGAAUAUAUCCAAGCUGGCUCAGCUGGACAUUUACCAUUGUUCUGAACAUUUCAGUCUCGCUUGCUUUGUAUUCUCUUGUGCUUUUCUACCAUGUCUUCUCUAAGGAGUUGGAACCACACAAUCCUCUUGCCAAGUUCUUGUGCAUCAAAGGGAUAGUAUUUUUCUGCUUUUGGCAGGGAAUGGCACUUGAUAUUCUUGCAGCCGUUGGUAUAAUUCGGUCUCAUCAUUUCUGGCUGGAUGUGGAGCACAUUGAGGAAGCACUUCAGAAUGCAUUGGUGUGCAUAGAGAUGGUUUUCUUUUCUGCAUUUCAGCAGUAUGCAUACAGUGUGGAACCUUACAAAGACGAUUCGACAACAGGUGCCAGCAAAAAGAGAGAGUGACUUCGGAUACAUCUCUGGCAGGGAAAUAACAAUUGCAUACUGUAAUAUAUUGUACCUGCUGCAUGAGAAACGUUGAUACCAGUUCAUUGAGUGUAUGUCUCUAAAUAAAAUAUAGCUGAGCUUGUUUGAGUGUCCCAAUGGAGGAACUUAUUGCACCGAAAGACGAGAACUGAAAUUUUAGAUGCCAGGUCACCUGGGUGUAAUGGUUCCUUUUCUUGGCCAUCUUUUAGAUGUUUUGCCUAUCGAAAGCAUCGGUUCCCAUUUUUGUCA